AACUGACAGGGUGAAAUGUUUUUUGAGAAUAAUCCCCAGCAGUUCUGCCACCAGCCGUUCUCUUACCGCUGCUCUGCAGCGCAAGAGCACUUAGCAUUAGCGUGCUAGCUGGCUGGAGAGGAGCCGGGACUGCGCAGAAUCAGUAUCCCGGGAGAUCCGCACAGCGUUGUGCCAGAAAGUUCUUGAUGUAGCCAGAGUGUUGGUGUCAAGAUGUGUGAUCAGAAGCAUGUCAGAGAGCAUGGUGAUAUGAUAAACAGUGACGAUGGAGACCAGCUGUCAGCCAGUGAUGAAUCUGAGCCUGAACAACAACCCAGCAGAGCACCAUUUGACCCAGACCUAGACCACAGUGAUCAUGAUGAUGAUGAACAUGAUAAUGUGUGUGCACCAGCAACUAUUCCCAUAUCUCAGAGUUCAUUCAGUUUGAGUGGAGGGACCUCAGCCUUCUCUGACCGCAGCCACAGUAUCUUUGACUGCCUAGACAGUAUUGGCAGGCAGACUUUCUCCUCUCUAAAUCAGAACACUGUUGCAGACGAAUCCUCACUUCACAGUCAAAACACAAGCCAUCCGUCAUCCAUCUGUCCCACACCACCAAAGAAGAGAUUAGUCCCAGACUACCUAGUGCAUCCUGAGCGCUGGACACAUUACAGUCUGGAGGAUGUGAAUGAGAGCAGUGAUCAGGAAAAUAGCAGGGUGGCUUAUCAGUUCCUGUCCAGCCUGGGGCAAGAGGCAAAAGGCAGUUCCCCUUGUGACCUCCAGCACAAGAUGAUCUUCAGACCCAAGCAACUGCCGAAGGAACAACCUAAUGAUCAGCUUUCUCUUGUGAGUGCAAAGGAGACAGGAAUGCAUCUCAGUCACCUACUGGAGGAGGAGGAGGACGAAGAGGCAGAAGGAAGGAAAACAGAAGAAAAUCUAGACAAAACUGAGAAAGGACAAAAAGAUGAAGAGAAGGACAUGAGUGGAGCUAUUGGUCAAGGAGAGGAAAAGAAAGGGGUGCAAAAAGAAAAGGUAGAAGAGUCCAGGUACCAGUUUACCUCCUUCAGGAAUAUGAUGACUAAAAACUACAGGAAGCGUUCCGGCUGUGAGGACAACUGAUGACAGCAAAGCAGUGACGUCCUCACCGUCAGCAGGGUGGAUCUCAAUGUUUCAUCGUCCAGUCACAUAUGAACUGCACUCUUACUCCACAUGCUUCAUCACCUGCCCACAGGUGUUUGUUCUGUUUCACCCAACAGCGAUGUUCUAGAGUGCUUCGCUUCAUACUUCAAGUUUCCAGUCCUUAUUGUAGAAUUUUAGUUCCUGUUGUAUUUGGUAUUCUGAAAUAAAGUAUUGAAUUCAAA